AUGAAGGUCGCUGUAGUUGGAUCUGGCGUGUCCGGCCUCGCAGCUACAUGGCUACUGAACGAAUACAGUGACCAUGAAGUGCACUUAUAUGAGGCGGACUGUCGCCCUGGUGGACAUGCCAAUACCGUCACCUUCUCUCAGUCAGGCAGAGAACCUGUAGAAGUUGACACGUACAUCGUUUUCAAUCCCAGCACGUAUCCCAACUUCCUACGCUUUUUGAACCUAUAUCCAGACCUGCGCCAGCAUAUAUGCGCGACAGACAUGACCUUCUCCGUCUCCCGCGACGGCGGUGCUUUCGAAUGGGCAGGAAACAACUUAAGUAGCGUUUUCUGCCAACCUAAGCGUCUGCUCGAUCUCGACAUGUGGCGGAUGCUCUACGACAUUCCUAUGACGGCAGCUAUCUGGAGUACCCCGCCAGACAAGUGCACCCUGGACUUUCCUGCUAGGACGCUCAUCCAGUUUAUGUACAACCACCAUCUUCUACAAAUCUUCGGGAAACCAUCCUGGCUUACCCUGCGUGGCGGCAGCUUAGAGCGGGGUUGCAUCAUCACAUCUGUUCCCGCCCUUGACAAUCCUGGUGGUCACGGCGUUGAGCUCGUCACCGCCUUGGGAGAGCGUAUCUACUAUGACCGCGUCAUCGUGGCAUCUCAUAGUGAUGCGGCUCUUUCGAUACUGCGAGCAGGCGGAGGCGCGACUGCAGACGAGGAACGGAUCCUCGGAGAAUUCGAGUGGAACAAGAACGCAGCUGUGCUGCAUUGCGACAAGCGAUUGAUGCCGAAGCGGCGCGUCGCAUGGUCUUGCUGGAACUACCUGACGAGAUCCACUGUCGACAAAUCUGGGAAUGCCAAAGCCAAUGUUGACCAAGUCUCUCUCCCCCGCGCUUACCAAUACUUACCUUUCACAGACUGGAUGAACGAGCUGCAACAUAUCUCAGAGGAAAUCUAUGGACCUGUGCUCGUCACACUCAACCCGCCUUUCGACCCCGAUCCGGAGACUUUAGGGGGCCGAUAUGAGUAUGACCAUCCUGUGCUGGGUAUCAAGGCUGUCCGUGCACAGCAGGAGCUGUCCACGAUCCAGAACAAGCGGGGGAUCUCCUUCGUCGGCGCCUGGACGAAAUAUGGAUUCCAUGAGGACGGCUUCACCUCCGGGCUCCGGGCAGCCUCUGUCAUUAUGAAUGAGAGCAGCACAGGGGCCACAAAUGGCAUGACGUGCGAGGUGCGGAUGCCGUUCGAAAUCCUCGAUGCGGAUCAUACAGUACGCCAUGAGACGCAGCUCGCGGUGUUACUCUUUGACGUCUUCGAGGGCACAGGGCUGAGGCUAAUUGUUGGAACCUGCCUGAGCUUGUGCCUCGGGGUGAUCGGAUAUCUGGUGAAUGCUGUGGGUGCAUGCUUCGCAAAAUCCGCUUAG